AUGAGCAAUCAAAUCUCGACCGCACAGCAACAGUCUCGCCUGAAAGAGCUAAUCGCUAAAGGCAAAGAGCAGGGUUUUCUCACCUAUGGUGAGGUGAACGAUCACCUGCCGGACGACAUUUCUGAUCCGGAGCAGAUCGAAGACAUCAUUCGCAUGAUCAACGACAUGGGCAUCACCGUGUAUGAAAACGCACCUGAUGCUGAUGAAUUACUGUCCAGCGAAGAGAACACCGCGGAUGAACUGGCUGCUGAAGAGGCCGCCGCUGCGCUCGCGGCAGUUGAGACCGAAGCAGGCCGCACAACCGAUCCGGUGCGCAUGUAUAUGCGUGAAAUGGGUACCGUUGAGUUGCUGACCCGCGAAGGCGAAAUUGCCAUCGCCAAGCGCAUCGAAGAAGGUAUUCGCGAUGUUUUGACCGCGCUGUCUUACUACCCGGGGCCGGUAGAUUACAUCCUUGAAACUUAUGCUGAAGUAACCAAAGAAGACAAACUUUCUGACCUCCUUGUUGGUUAUCUUGAUCCCACAGACCACGUGCCGGCGGCAACACAGGUCGGCGCGGAUGGCGUUAAGAAAACCACUACUGAUGAUGACGAUGAAGAGGGGCCAACCGGGCCUGAUCCAGAAGAAGCGAAAAAACGCUUUGGAACUUUAAAACGCCAGUACAACAAAACACUUAAGGUUAUUGCUGAAAAAGGCCGUGACAGUGACGAAGCGCGCGCUCAGCAGGUUAAGCUGGGAGAAGCGUUCUGUUGUUUCAAACUGGUACCCAAACACUUUGACGAGAUUGUCAGCAUGGCCCGCGGCGGCCUGGAUAUUGUGCGACGACACGAACGCACGAUCCUGACGCUUGCUGUUCGACAGGGUAAGGUGCCGCGCGAUGUUUUCCGCAAAGAGUAUGUGGGCAACGAAACCAGCGUGACCUGGAUCAACAAACUGGUGAAAGCGGAUAAAGAGUAUUCGCAGUCUCUAGAAGCGCAGCGUGACGAUAUUCUGCGGGCGCAGAAGAAGCUGAAAGUGCUGACCAAGUUUACCGAUCUGAGUGUGGUUGAGAUCAAAGAUAUCAACCGUCGUAUGUCUUUAGGUGAGGCCAAAGCGCGUCGCGCCAAGAAAGACAUGGUUGAAGCGAACCUGCGUCUGGUGAUUUCUAUUGCGAAGAAGUACACCAACCGAGGUCUGCAGUUCCUGGAUCUGAUUCAGGAAGGCAAUAUCGGCUUGAUGAAAGCAGUCGAUAAGUUUGAGUAUCGACGCGGAUAUAAGUUUUCAACUUAUGCCACGUGGUGGAUUCGUCAGGCGAUUACCCGAUCCAUUGCUGACCAGGCUCGCACCAUUCGUAUUCCAGUGCAUAUGAUUGAAACUAUCAAUAAGCUGAACCGCGUAUCGCGUCAGAUGCUGCAGGAGAUGGGGCGCGAACCCACGCCGGAAGAGCUUGGCGAACGUAUGGAAAUGCCGGAAGACAAAGUACGGCGGGUUCUGAAAAUUGCCAAAGAACCGAUCUCCAUGGAAACGCCUAUUGGUGAUGAUGAGGAUUCUCAUCUGGGUGACUUUAUUGAAGACACCACCAUCGGCUCACCCGUAGAGCUUGCGACAGGUGAAGGUCUUCGAGAAGCAACCAAAGACGUGCUGGGCGGUUUGACCGCGCGUGAGGCGAAGGUUUUGCGGAUGCGUUUUGGUAUCGACAUGAAUACCGAUCACACGCUGGAAGAAGUCGGCAAACAGUUUGAUGUAACACGAGAGCGUAUUCGUCAGAUUGAAGCCAAAGCGUUACGUAAGCUUCGUCAUCCAAGCCGUUCAGAACACCUGCGCAGCUUCCUGGAUGAGUGGAUGGAAAGCCUCGGUCGUAGCUAG